ACCUCUCCCAUGUUGGCUAUCGUUAUUAACCGAAUUUAAUGUAGCAAAAAAACAAACCCACACACAUCUUGUGCGUAGUCAGUUACAUGGAACGAUUUUCCGAUAUACGUCAUUUUUAGCUUUUGCUAAGAUUUAACUAUUACCAACCGUUUAUACUUAUUCUGCCAUUUGCGGUAUACUGUGCUGUAAGAAUCGUAUUUCAUUAACGUAACUGUUGAUACUAAAAUUGAGUGAAUCGAAGGCGAACACAAAUAUGGGACGAAAUAUCCAUGUGCCAAACUAUCGCGAUAGCAGCACACGCAAUGGGCCAAAUAACAAUUGAGGUGUUUCUUUAAUGGUACUGGUUUGCCACUUUCUACCAAUACCGUGAACGCAUCAGAGCUUGCAUCCCGAGCAGAACUGCAUCUCAUCCGGAAAGCCCACCACCCAGCCUUACCGUCUGCUGCACUAACGCACUAACAACGCCACUGCUUGCCAAAGGAUUUUGCGGAAAAAGUAAACAAUCAAAAUGGCCGUCGGGAGAGUGGCUGGUACGGGGAACAUCGGGUACUCUUCAAAUUACCGGACUGGAGGGCGGUCCUACCAUGGCGGGAUAAAUGAGGAAAUCAUAUGGAUUAGCAUCGGGAUGGCGGUCACCAUCGCCAUCCUAAUCACGUUAGCAUUGAUUUAUCUUGCAUACGAAAAGUGUCAAAAGCGACGGCAGCGCUACAUACAAGCGUGAAAAGUAUGCAACGGUAUGUGCCGUGUGCCAGUCCCCGAUAAGAUCCCCCCGCAGUAUGAAGAGAUGUAGAGAGCAGCAGCAACACCGUUCAUCAAUACCAAAAACCAGCAACGUAGCUUAGACAAAAGGAUGAGAGAAAAAAAGCAUAACCAAAACCACAUAGCAAUUCUCUACCACCACUAAUGGACCAAACUAAUUAAAAAAGAAUGCCUCUUUACGGAAGCACUUAAAUAAAGUCAUAAGUAUAAGGACAACAAAUUUAAAGUAAAACAGGCAAAACAAAAAAAAAACACCCGUAGCUAAAAGGCGCCACCCUUCAGUGGGUGUGAUUAAAUCAAACGAAACCUAAUGCCAAACACUUUUUAAAAACCAUAUAUGUAUACAUUUAUAUACUUAAACAACAGCAAAACGAUCGAUUUAUUCGUUGAGCUCAAACUCCACACAAUGAGUAGUGUGUGUAUGUGUAAAAUCCUUUUGUCGCGAGAUGACUGCAUAGAAGCACCUGAAGAGGACUUAUUUACUUACUUAGUUUUUGGCACGCGGUCAUAAAGCAAGCGCACCCGCAAUUGUUACAAAACGUAAAUUUAUACGCGUUUUACUGUUUUACCGUAAGGCAGAGCCUAAUUUACCAAGUACUAUUUGACCGGUUUUACCGGAAGGCUGGGAGCCAAACGAACGGGAGGCGGAUGCGAAGCAUGAACUGGAAUAAAAUCAAAUAGUUUAUUUUUAAAUAAAAUCGUUUCGUAGCCAAGUUAAAGUACUGAACGCAUAAACAAAAAAGCACAUUUCACAUUACAUAAAAACAAUGGACAUUUUGAGCCUUUGCAAAAAAAACUGUUGUGCAACGGUUGAACCCUGUUUUAUAAGUCUAGCACCAAUAGAUUCAUCCGUCGUCCACGAAACUAGAGAACCAUAACGUUAAAAAUACAAAGAAAACAAUUAAACACAGACGAUUUUCACCAAAGAAAUAUUAAACAAACAGAACAACUGUAGGUAAUCUCAAAACAGUUUAAAAAAAAUGAAAGAAGCAAACCAAACAAAUAGACACCAACCAGAGUUUUCCCACAAUAAUGCAUACCACCAUCCCCCCCCCCCCCCCCCCCCCCCAUUAACCUCUUCGUACUUCAUUUUCGAUGUGGUUCCAUGUUAGCAUUAAUGAACGUUUAUUUCUUGUUUAAUACACUGAACAAGUAGAUGUUUAAUACUCUGAACAAAAGCCAUGCGCAGCCCAAGGUUACAAAAAUACAGGAAGAAUGGGAAAUAAAAUAAAUUAGGAAAAGAA